AUGGAUAAGACCGUUGUCAAGCACGCCAAAGUCACCAAGGUUCUCGGCCGUACCGGCUCCCGCGGUGGUGUCACCCAGGUUAAGGUUGAGUUGCAGGAGGACCCCUCCAACCCCAACUCCAUCCGCAACGUUAUCCGUAACGUCAAGGGACCCGUCCGUGAGGGCGAUAUCCUCUGCCUUAUGGAGUCCGAGCGUGAGGCCCGUCGUCUCCGUUAA